AUGGCAGGCCAAACCUACUCUCCUGAUCUCGUACGCGGGUCACCUAACACUCACUAUGAUACCGAAGAAAAGUUGCGCUAUGAGCUCGCCAAAACCAUCACUCUUACGCCAGAGCUCUACGAGCGUCUGUUCCUCAGCCCGAAGACAGAGGUAGCGGGCGAUCUACGCUCACGCUUUGGUAACCCUACACCAGUUGGGGUACUAGGCUUCACGGUUGCUGUCACGCCGCUCGCAUGUGCAUUCAUGGGCUGGCAAGGCUCAGGUGGACUGGGCGUCGCCACAAGCACAGUGGGCAUCUUCUUUGGCGGCAUGCUUCUCAUCUUCGCUGGUAUUGGAGAGUUUCUUCUUGGCAACACCUUUCCUAUGGUCGUGUUCUUUGGAUACGGAGCUCAUUUCUUUGCGUACUCGACAACGUUUGUUCCUGCUUUCAACGCCGUUGGAUUCUUCAAUCCGGAUGGAAGUGGUACAGGCAGUCCGGGAACUUCCAAUCAGACAUCUAUGUUCUUGGCUAGUUAUGGUUUCUAUCUUAUCGCCAUGUGUCUUCUGUCCUUCAUCUUCCUUCUCGGCUCUCUCCGAGUGAACGUGGUGUUUGUACUCAUCUUUGCUUUCGCAGCCACUGGGUUUGGGUUAGGUUCGGGAGCUUUCUUUCAUCUCUCCCGAGGCAAUGUCGUCAUCGGAACAAAGCUAGCUACUGGUACCGGGGCCUGCUUUUUCGCAGCGGGCGUUUUGGGUUUCUACUUCCUACUUGCAAUGAUCAUUGCGAUCAUGGAGCUACCGAUACCAGACCUACCAGUGUUUGAUCUGAGCACCACCAUCAAGCCCAAGGAGAGGGGUAUGAUCAAAGAAGAGUAG